CACCACGACGCGCGCCGCGCCAUGGAUUUCCCAAAGCGAGAGGGAGCUCUUCCGCCAGGUGCUCCGCGGAGGAGCCCCAAGGCGAUGAGGCCCGGAGCGGCGGCCACGGAGGCCGACGAGAACGCGAGCCCCAAGCGUCCCGUGCCGGCGUGGGCCGCGUCGCCGCAGAGGAAGAAGGUGCUAGGCGAGCGGAACGACGGCGGCAUGGAGGCCGCGGCGUCGCCGCCACUGCUGCAGCCGAAGCCCGCUGCUAGCCCGCCCACGCUCACGGGGCGCGGCGCGGGGGCGUACGACCCGAAGACGAACUACACCACGCCGCGGCCGGAGUUCCUGCGCUACGACCCCGAGCGCCGCCGCGAGAUCCUCCUCCGGGUGGCUCGUGCGGCGGAGGUGGAGUACGACGACUGCUCCAGCGCCGCCUCGGGCUCCGCGGCCUCGGAGGACGACGGUGGUUCCGUCGCCUCGGACGCGGCGGCGGCGGCGUCCCCGGUCUCGUCUGCGCGAUGGAGCGACUCUGAGGCCGAGCUCGACGACAGCGACGAGGAGGAGGAGGAGGAGGUGGCCCCACCGCGUCGGGGCCGGUGGGCGCGGCGGCUAUUUCUUCUGCUCGUCGCGGUGGCCUGCUCGUUCUGCUACAUGUCCGGUAUGAAUCCAGCUGCCUCCUCUGUUUGUCUAGAAGAUGGGUUCGAUUUCAUGGGACCGAUUGGGGGCACGUGCGAUGCUGGUGAACAGGAGGUAGAUUCCCUGAGUUUGUUAGGGGCAGUUUAUAUGAUGGGUCCGGAGGACGUGCUGGAAGAAACUAGAAAUCAAUUUGUGCACGGGGACACUGAGGGUGUGGUUCAUCUUUAUGAUCAGAGAGCUUCUCCAAAAAAUCUGGUGGCAGCUACUAUGAUGGGAAUAGCUGAUAUGUGCAUUAAUGCUCCAUUGGGAGAAUUGACAUGCCAAAUUGGGGUUGAAAGCAGUGAGAAUGUGGCUGAUUCGAAUGAAGAUUCUGAAGUAGAUGAGCACAAGCCAGAAGUGGCAAUCGAGUCAUUCAAGAAGAAUGAGCAAAGCUGUGAAGUUAGUGACUUGGGUGGAAACAUCUCAUCAGAUUCCAUUGGUUCCAGCUCCACCCACACUGCUGACAUGGAAGAGAGCAGUUCAGGAUUAGACCAUCAAGAGGAAGGGGAGGAUCAUUCUAAUCAAUCUGUGAUGCAGUUGGUUUCCACAGAGAAGGCAAUGGAAUCAUCAAGUGCCAAGCUGAAUUACAGGAGUAGUUUGGAAAGCCAGGAGUUGAAUCUUGACACUGAGCUAUGGCAGUAUGAAAACACAGCAGAAGCUGCAAAAGCAAUAUGCUCUACUGCAAAAUUUCUGUGGUCUGCUAUGGAACCUCACUUGCUGCAGAUAUUGGCAUGCUUCUCUGUUGCAGGUUUUGUGGCUGUAAUGUUCAGGUACUUUCAAAGAUCAAGAAAGAUGGUUGCACCUGCGUCACAACAUAUGCCUUCAAAGUCACCUGCAGAAGUGCCAGCGUUAGUACCCCAUCAUACUGUGCAGUUGCCAGUAGUGCCUCCUUCACCUCAGGCUGUGCAGCUGCCUGUGUACUCUUUACAGGAACCUACACAACUGACAGUUCCAAAACAAGGCCUGUCUGGCAGCUUGGAGGUUCCUAUGGAGUUGCCAUUGCCCAAGCCAGAUCCAUUCGUCAGCCUUAAGGUUCCUGUGGAUCAUGGGAACCGUGAUCAGAAACUUCAACAACGAGAUGCUAACAAUACCAUGGCUUCAAAUGGUGACCUUCUGAAACACAGAGAUGUUGACAGCUCCAAGCCUCCAGUUGUCGAACUACUUGGAGAGUUCACAUUUGCAGACAGCUCAAGAGGGAGGGCUAUCAAGAGCUUGAAUCAGUAUGCUGGAGGUGCUGCAAUUCAGGAAUUGCCAGAAAAGGAUGUGGACAAGAUGCAGAUGAAUUCAAGCAUCAGUCAGACCCAUAGUGUUCAAAGAGGAAGAAAAGAGGAGAACUCUGUAAGAAGAGAGAAGACGGAUGUGACACCAGCUCCACUGACGCCGACUCCAUUAAGACGUUCAAGCCGCCUCCGCAGCAAGGUGACUACACCUUGAGCAAGACCGCCUCCAUUGACGCAUGCUCGUAGACUACGGAUGCUGGAUCCUUAUGUGCUGUGGUUGAAAGCCGUGGGGGACAACACCUAGCUGUUACCCAAGAACGCAGGCUUGGCUGCUGCACUUCAGGAGCUGGGACAGUCUGUCAGUGUUACCUGAAAAAAGCAGCGGUGUUCUGUAACCGUGUGAAAUCUGUAUCGACUUCCUUUAAUGCUCAUGCGCUUGUGUUCCCUCGUACUGAUGGCUACACUGUAAUGAACAAAUCGGUGGAAUUCGAGUUCAUCCAAAGUUCUAAAUCUCUGGAAUUUUA